AGUUUAGUUUCAGGGCUUUGGAUUCAGAGAAUGGCACCAGGAGGCUGGAUGGGACGGCACACUCUAUGGAGCAUCUCAUGGGAUUAUGAGCCACAGAUUUUCAGACUUUUAUGCAACUAAUGAAAUAUCAGCAAAUACCUUUUGAUGUUUAGGAACAUUUUUUUUUUUCUGGGCUAAUUUUCCCUCCGUUAUUCUCUACUUUUAAGGACUUUGUGGAAUCAAGCAGGUCGAAACCAGGAGUAUUGCUUUUUCCUAAAGACUUUCACCUGGGACUGUGGAGGCUAUGGUAGGCCUUUAUGCAGGCGAUAUAUAGUGGCCUAUUUAAAUUGUCAAGUUUGAGUGCCCAGCUGAACUGUCGUCCGUGUUACAUUCAGGGAAACAACUGAAACACUUUCGCUCUGCUGAGUUUUUGUUUAGUACAUGGCUUCAAGAUCGUCAGAGCAUUAUGUUUCUCAGCGGAUGGAGACUCUGGGCACAUAGUGGACAUGAGAUCGAGAUAAGACAUCAUCUGAGGUGUUGCUUUUAGUUGUCACGCUCUUGCUGUCUAAAAUUGGAAACACUUUCCCAAGUUGUAACUUUAGUAUUCAAAACUCUCACAAUGAACAAAGAUCUUCGUCUUCCCAGGAAGACAAUGCAGAUGAACUACUCGACGCGACGGCACUCAUGCAUUGGUUUUGAUGUUGAGAAUGGGCUGUCGGUGGGUCGCAGUCCUCUGGAGUCCCAGGCCAGUCCAGGCUCCAGCCGUGUGCUACCGGCCAAUUUCCCUCACAGUCAGCGGCGGGAGUCAUUCCUGUAUCGCUCGGAUUCCGACUUUGACCUUUCACCCAAGGCCAUGUCCCGAAACUCAUCCACUGCCAGUGAGCUGGAAGAGAGUUUGAAGCACUGGGAAGUCAACUGGCUCAAUCGACAUGGAGAAGACAUGAUAGUUACACCAUUCGCACAGGUCCUUGCCAGCUUGAGGACAGUGCGGAGCAACUUUGCCGUUUUGACCCAUCAGCAAGACCGUGUCCCGAGCAAGAGGUCCACUGGAAACUACCCACCAUCCAUGUGCAAGACAAGCCUACCAGAGGAGCCGUUUCAGAAGCUGGCAGUGGAGACUCUGGAUGAGUUGGACUGGUGUCUCGAACAGCUUGAGACUCUCAAGACACGCCACUCAGUCAGUGAGAUGGCAUCCAACAAGUUCAAAAGGAUGCUGAAUCGAGAGCUAACCCAGUUGUCAGAGACUAGCAAGUCAGGAAACCAAGUCUCAGAGUUCAUCUCAAGCACCUUCUUAGAAAAGCAACAUGAUAUGGAGAUUAUGUCCCCAUCAACCAAAGAGAAGGAGAAGAAAAAGCGGCUCAUGUCUCAGAUCAGUGGAGUGAAGAAACCCACACACAGCUCCAGCGUCGCAGCUUCCAGCAUCCCACGCUUUGGCAUCAGCACUGACCAGGAAGAUCUGCUGGCCAAGGAGUUAGAGGACUUUGACAAAUGGGGUGUGGAUAUUUUCAAGAUAUCCAAGUAUUCUGGCAACCGACCGCUAACAGUAGCGAUGUACACAACAUUUCAGGAAAGAGACCUGUUGAAAUCCUUUAAAAUUCCCGUAGACACAUUCAUUACCUACAUGAUGGCUUUGGAGGAGAACUAUCACUCAGAUGUGUCAUACCAUAACAGCAUCCAUGCAGCUGACGUGGUCCAGUCCACCAAUGUCCUGCUGUCCACCCCUGCCCUGGAGGCUGUGUUCACCGACCUUGAGAUCUUGGCCGCAAUGUUUGCUAGUGCAAUACAUGACGUGGACCACCCUGGAGUGUCCAACCAGUUCCUCAUCAACACAAACUCAGAGUUGGCUCUCAUGUACAACGAUUCCUCUGUUCUGGAGAACCACCACCUGGCUGUUGGCUUCAAACUGCUGCAGGAAGAAAACUGUGACAUUUUCCAGAACCUGACCAAGAAACAGAGGCAGUCUCUACGCAAAAUGGUCAUUGACAUGGUACUAGCCACUGAUAUGUCAAAGCAUAUGAACCUGUUAGCGGAUCUCAAGACCAUGGUCGAGACCAAGAAGGUGACAAGUCUGGGUGUGCUAUUGUUAGACAACUAUUCUGAUCGCAUACAGGUUCUUCAGAACAUGGUGCAUUGCGCUGACCUGAGCAACCCAACAAAGCCCCUGGAGCUGUACCGUCAGUGGACCGAUCGCAUCAUGGUGGAGUUUUUUACUCAGGGGGACCGAGAGAGAGACAAGGGCAUGGAGAUCAGCCCCAUGUGUGACAAACACAAUGCUUCCAUUGAGAAAUCACAGGUGGGCUUUAUUGACUACAUCGUGCACCCACUGUGGGAGACCUGGGCGGAUCUGGUUCACCCUGAUGCCCAGGAGAUUCUCGACACGCUGGAGGACAAUCGUGAGUGGUACCAGAGCAUGAUCCCUCACAGUCCCACUUCCACCCCUGAGGAAAAGGGCGGUGUGGUUGGGAUGGGAGCGAUGGGUGGAGGCAUCGCCGCAGCGGGGGAGAAAUUCCAAUUCGAACUGACCUUAGAAGAGGAAGGGGAGUCUGACGUUGAAAGUCCGGUGGACGAAGAAUUCCCCACCAUUGCACAGGAUUCCUCCUGGACAGAUCCAGAAAGCAAACAUCCGUCUUCGGCUCCCCGCACACAUCACACCAACCUGACCGCCCGCUCCCCUGGCUGCAGGACAAUGUCUUUUAAGAUUGGUGAGCCGCCAGACAGUGAAGAUGAAGAUAGAGAACUUGACCAAGAAGGGAAAAGCGUAUCGUGCCUGCGCCUGGGAACAUAACACUAGUGCACUUUUUCGUUUAGUUUUCGGUUUCUUUCGUACCUCCUCUUCACCACCUCCCUAUCCCUCUCCAUCCCGUUCUCUUAGCUUCCUCGGGCAGAGGCGACGCAGUGCAGGAGAGCAAAGGAUAGGUGGGAAAGCUUCCAUGGGACGUUUUUUUUUUUAUACAGUAGUCACCUUGCACUGGAGAGAGCUCCUACUCUACAGACUGUCAAACCAUGAAGCUUUCUUAAAACGUUCUCAACAGUUUGAUGGCUUCGGGAUGCUGGAAACUGCCUGUGUUGUAUGGACAGAGAAAAUGUACUCAAAUGUCUUCCUGUGACAUCCCAGGUUUAAAGUUAACAAACAAGUGGACCUUUAAGAGCCGUCCGAACAUAUUGAUUGAUAAACAGGACACUUUUUAUGUGAGACGUAUGUGCACUAAAAUGUUUUUUAAAAGAUACACUGUUGACUUAAAGCUGAUCUAUUAUUAGCUGAACAAAAACAACCUAACCUUAACACAACAGAACAUCUCAGGAUUCAACGAAACGAUUGCUUUCAUGUAGCAAACAGCUUGAGGGUACCCACGGUGUCUUCCUUGGACCGCUAAAAACAUCUGUAGACUGAAGUCGAGCCAUGAUUGUUAUCUUUUGUAUUUGUAUGUGACGCCACCUAGUGCUUAAUAGUGGAACUGGAGCCACAUUUAUAGGAUUUACCACUCCAGCUGAACACCAUGGCUUUGUAUUGUUGUUCCUUUGCACAGAUGAAACUCAUUUGACUAUUAUAAUUUUAACUUAAAACCCUCCUCACAUUUAUUUGUAGUAUUGCUGCUUUAAUUUAUGACAUUCACAUGGUUUACAUAUGCUUCUUUAUUUUUCGUUUCUUUUUCUGUUCUGCUUCAUCCAAAGCAUGAACGUAAGCAUUAAUACGUUGUGUCUCACUGUUUUAAAUUGGCUUGCUUAGGUAGACAUCUUUGUCAUUACCAAACGUUGCUCCAUCAUUAAGGGCUGGAGUCAUUAUUAGCGUUCAGAAGACUAUGACUGGCUGUGGUCAGCAGGGUAACCAGCAUGUGUACGUACCCUGCAAGGUGGUCUCUGGAAGGCUGAGCUAGAACGGAAACCCAGAUUAGCUGUGUAGGAAGUGAUCUGUGUCCUUAAACCACAUCUGUACUUUCUCUCUCUGUUUCUGUGCUGGUCACACUGAAAAAUAUGAGGUAUAUUAACAUCUGUACAAAUCUAUGUCUAAACAGAAGUGAGCAAUUUGUUCUGAAACAAGAGCUGAACGCUGCAAGAGAAAUUCAGUUGUCUAACUCUAAAGCCAAAGUUCGUUUUCCGUGCCAGACCGUUUAUGUUCUGUUGUUUUUGGCGAUUGAUCAGUGCUCUGCUCUUCACAGGGACAUAGCCAAUGACAGUACAAGUGCCAAGCAAGCAUGAUCCAUGCUGUACUGUAAUUUCCAUUGUGCCACUGGCUAAUUUCCAUCAUGACAUCUACUACUGUCAGUAACGUACUGAUUGGAUAAUUGAGUUGUCUUUCUUCUAUAUUCAAAACUGUUGUUUUGUCAAACUUUUAUUUAAGAUUAUUCAUGAUAAAUAACAGGUUUCAUAAGUCUUUCUGGCGCAAUGUGCUCAUUGUAAGUCAGAUUUUUUUUGUGUCCUUUUUAUACCAUGGUAUGAAUUUUAAUAUUGGAGACAGUGAAUCUUUGUAUGUAAACGGGGCUUUUAAUUAUUGGCUAUUUGUUCAUUUUAAUGUCAGUCUGUGCUUUUAACGGCAAUGUUUCGUGUGGUGAAAGAAAUGCUGAGUGGCCACGCAAAGUUUCGCCUGACUGUACGACGCACACCUGUGUUUGGUCUCAUUCUGUCGCAGAUCUGACAAUCCCAACAGUACUGUUUACCACUACAACGCUGUUACUAAUGUGGCUGUGAUUUGUUUUCCUGUUCCCAAUGCCAAUAAACAAAGAAAUAU